AUGUCCGAACAGCAGCCGACAAGAGUCCCCUUCACGGGAUCAUGCCACUGCGGCGGCACUCAAUAUGUCCUCUUUCUCACCCUCCCUCACCCUUACUCCGAGACGCUGCCUCCCCCUCCAAGCGGCGUGCAGCGCUUCUACCGCUGCAACUGCACAACCUGCCACAAACGAGGACACUUUCACAUCCGUCCCCUCAGUCCAACAGACGACUUUCUCCUUCUUUCGCCUCUUGACCCGUUGGAACAGCUUGGCGACUACCAGUGCGGAGAGAAGAGGCUACACUUUUUGUCUUGCAAGACCUGCGCUGUGGGGCUAUUCAUCUUUGAGGGUGAGGGGGAAGUCGUUGAACUGGAUUUAGAAGAGUUGGGUGUCCAUGGAAGAGGUGAGCGUGGAACGAAGACACAACUUUGGAGGCCAAAAAAAGGGGGUGGUCACCCCGAGCUAGGGAAUUAUGUGAGUGUUAAUGGACACACGGUGGAUGCGAAUCAGGACGGCUUUGAUAUGAGAGAGUUGACGGAAAAGAACUUUGUCAUGUAUUGCGAUUGUUUUGGCGAUGAGACGCCGCCGCGAUACGGUAAGCCACAAGUCCACGGAUGUUAUUAA